ACAUUUCUUUCACAGGGAAAGCUCUAUGCUGGCAGGCACACCAAUAUAGCUUACGUGGGGAGGGCAGUAGCAGGGGUUUUGUGUGAGAUUCGCUUCGUAGAGAAUCUUCAUUUUCGUGGCUGUUCCCCAUUGCAUCAGGGAUGAGGCGCUGAGCUAAUCCGGGGAGGCGUCAAGGCGCGAGCUGUAUUUAGAGACAGCCACCUGCUUGGGAACGUCAAGCAGCAGCAAAGAGCAUGCUUCAGCAAAAAAUAUCCCCUGUGGAUUCUGCAGCAGCGGCACCCAGCAGGAUCCCCCCUGCCUAAAUCUGUGUGUGGCCACCAAAGGGGUCAGUGCCUGAAGACAGUCAGACCUUGUCAGCCCAGGAAUGCUCUAAGCCUGGUGCUCCUUCUGCCCAGGAACUGCCAGAUAUUUUGGACAGCUGCGAUGUGGAGUUAAAUCACAUGGGUGAAGAAUGGCCUAAUCUCUACAUAGGCAAUAUCUCCAUAGCCCAUAACAAGAAAGUCCUGAAGAGGCUUGGUGUCACCCAUGCAUUGGAUGCUGCAUGUAGGGAAGCAAAUGAGAUCAAACAUUUCACGGCCAGGAAAUGCAUUAUGAUGGAAUACCUGCAGAGAACUUGAUCGGCUUUCACCUUGGUGCACGUUUCUGUACUGCCUCUGAGCGCAUUCCCAAGGCCAAAUGAAAAGCUGUCUCUGAUAUAGCCCAAGUGCGUGCAAGAGAGCAGCCAGAUGCUUCACACCAGAGACUCUUCAUCUCCCACGAGCAGUGCAGGGAGCACUUCCUAUGAAACACCAGCGCUAUCAGACCUCCAGCGGCUCUUUUGGUUUAGAGGAGGGUCUGAUAAUCACGUGGACCAAGUCUGGCCGAAUGUUUACCUAGGAGAUGCGUGGGCUGCUAGGAGCAAAACUACUCUUCAAAGCCUCAACAUUACUCAUAUCCUUAAUGCAGCAGAUGGGCCAUAUAACAUCAACACAGGAGCCAAAUAUUACGAAGAUCUGCAAAUAGAGUACUAUGGAAUAGAAGCAUUUGAUGAUCCUUCCUUUAAUUUAAGUAUCUUCUUCUACGAUGCUGCCAAUUUCAUCAGCAAAGCCUUAAACACCACAGGAGGUAAGGUGUUUGUUCAUUGUGCCAUGGGGGUGAGCCGCUCAGCAUCUUUAGUGCUUGCGUUCUUAAUGAUCCAUGAAAACAUGACAAUCGUGGAUGCUCUGAAAACAGUGAGUGCUCACAGAGACAUCUGCCCAAAUUCAGGGUUCCUCAGCCAGCUCCGGGACUUGGACAUUAAACUGAACGAAGAGAGGAACGGAACCAGAGCAUCUGCUACCAAAGAGCUGUAAGAGAGCAUUGCUGAGACGACAAAUGUUACUGGAGUUUCCUGUAUUUCUUUUUAAUGAAUUGCAUCUGUAAAUUGAGGAUGAAAGUUUAUGAUACACCAGAAUGCAUGUUAUUAUUGAAAGUAGAUUUUACUUGAUCUGUCCAUUUUGCAAAGCCUUCCAAGACUAUACUUACGGUUGGUUGUGCACUGCAUCCUUCACUCUCCACCUUAAAACAUUGCUCUCUGCUGGUAAAAAAAAAAAAAAAAAAAAAAAGAGAAAGAAAAAGAUAUCAGGUUCCACUUCAGAAAUAGCUGUGUUUCAGCAACUAGUAAAGCUCAUAUCAUUUUAUGAAGUGUUAGGCUAUUUGAGGUGAAAGAUGCCAUAUUAUUUAUGCUAUGAUAAUGCUUAGAAGUUUUCUUCUGAAUAAGCCCUCCAACCCUUCGCUCCCCAUAUCUAAGAUGGUUGGUAUUUUGAGACUUGAGUCUGGUACUGCUUAGUUCUUGCUUUUACAAUUGGUGGAGCCCCCGAUUUAGUGGUAAGAGGCUGUUUAAAGGCAGAGCAGCUGGGAAACAACAUAAGCCACUCUAAGAAAUUAUUCUAGGUCUCCCUAUAGUCUUUUUCCUUUGACUGUUCAUCAGUUUGGAUUUGGAUUUUUUUUGGGUUUUUUGU